AUGUCUUUUCUCUUCCCCAGAAUCGCCUACGCUCCCGUACCAUGCUCUCCCGCUCGCCACGAGGUUGCACCGCUCUUUAGUCUACUUGACGAGACCUUCAACGAACUCCAGAGAGCAUCUCGCCAGGCACGGAAACCAUUCAAUCCCCGCUUCAAUGUCAACGAGACCAAGGAGGCAUACUCACUUGAGGGUGAACUCCCUGGCAUCGACCAGCAGAACCUCAGCAUCGAGUUCGUCGAUGAGCACACCUUGACCAUCAAGGGCCGCACCGAGUCGCACACGGAAUCUGGUCGCCGCCCUGAAGCGGUCGAAACCGAGAAGAAGGCAGCCGUCGAAGACACUCCCGUGUCCGAGACCAGCAGCGUCAAAUCUCACCAAGCUACUGUUGAAGACGAGGAACCAGCCAACGCAUCUGCCGUCACCGAUGGGAGUACCGAAGUGGCGGCAGCUACACCAACGGCAGAGCCAGCCAAGACGGAGACGCCAGCAACACCACAAAGUCACCGGUGGAUCUCAGAGCGCCAUGUCGGAGAAUUCACUCGAAGCUUCAGCUUCCCAGCUCGGGUGAACCAGGAUGCUGUCAAGGCAUCGUUGAAGAACGGCAUUCUCAGCAUCGUUGUGCCCAAGGCUCCUGUUGCCGAGAGCCGCCGCAUCAACAUUGAGUAA